AUGGCGAAGAAGGAACACGAGAUCCACGACCAGACUAAUCUCUUGACAGGGAGUCGCUUGAUCAUCACUUUUUGCGCCCUUGCCUCUGCUUUACUGGUCACAUACAUCGACCAGAACUCGAUCGGUGUGGUAUUACCUACUGUCGGGAGAGAUCUCAACAGUGCAUCUACUAUAGUCUGGGCUGGCACCUCUUCACUUAUCGCCAACACGUCCUUCCAGGUUCUAUAUGGCCGACUGUCAGAUAUCCUUGGCCGAAAGGUCAUCCUCCUCACCUGUCUAUGCCUUCUUGCACUGGGUGAUUUACUAUGCGGCUUCGCUCAGACGGGCCCACAGCUGUAUGCCUUUCGAGGUAUAUCUGGUCUUGCCAAUGGCGGUAUCAUGGCCUUGGUAAUGAUGGUAGUAUCAGAUGUAACGACCCUGGAGCAGAGGGGCAAAUAUCAAGGGAUUCUGGGAUCUUGUGUCGGCCUUGGUAACACCAUCGGUCCUUUUGUUGCUGCAGCCUUUACCAGGAAUGCUACAUGGCGAGCAACAUUCUACUUCAUCGCUCCACUGGCAGUGUGUAUUGCAGCGAUGUUGUACUUUGUGCUGCCACCUCAAAGCAUUCCACAGGAGCCCUUAAGCGUAAAGCUACGGAAGAUCGACUGGAUCGGCAUUGUCUUGAGUUCUGCAGGAGCAAUGCUUCUCCUCAUUCCCAUAUCCGGCAUAGGGGUCCAAUUCGAUAGCAAGAGCCCCAUGGUCAUAUCUAUGCUCACGCUGGGGUCUGUCUUCAUGACCGCAUUUGUUCUAAAUGAGUGGAAGCUAGCUCGGCUGCCAAUGUUCCCAUUGAGGCUGUUUAAGAAUCCCGCACUUGGAGCUAUGCUUACCCAGAACUUCUUGAUCGGCAUCGUAUUCUACAGCUUGCUGUACUACCUUCCAAUCUACUAUCAAAGUGCACGACAAAUGAGCUUAAUUACCUCGGCGGCUAUGAUUAUACCCAUUGUCAUCCCACAGGCCAUAGCCUCUGCGUUGUCAGGCCAGUAUAUCUCUCGACGGAAACGGUACGGAGAGGUGCUGUGGACCGGGUACAUCUGCUGGGUGAUAGGCACGGCGCUGCAUUGCAUUUUCAGCCGCACUCUCUCUGUUGUCGCCAUCGUCUUCAUUCUCAUCGUCGAAGGUGUCGGUGUUGGUCUCGUCUUCCAACCUACCUUGGUCGCAGCUCAAGCACAUGCGCCAAAACAAGACAGGGCCGUGGUCAUCAGUGCUCGCAAUUAUAUCCGUGCACUUGGUGGCUCAGGAGGCCUGGCCAUUGCAUCUGCCAUAUUCUCUAACUCCCUGUUGAGCAGUCUUCCCAACGAUCUGCCGCAAAACAUCACGCGCCAAAUUCAAGACUCAAUUUUUGACAUGCCACUGCUUGAUGGCUUGUCUGUGGAACAGCAAAACCAAGUCAAGGACGCAUAUGUCAAUGCAGCUAGAUCUGUUUUCUAUUUAUGGGCAGGAGCCAUGGCUUGCUGCCUUUGCUUGAUGGUGUUCAUCAAGGACAAAGGUCUGACAAGGCAAGAGGAAAAGGCGCCUCCAAGAUCAGCUGAAGCUAUCAAUACAGACGCACCAAGCCGAUUUCCAGAGCCGGAGAUGACCUCGACUGUACAAGAGACCAAGUCAGCAGUUUAG